ACCUGGAGCAGGAUAGCCUCUGUUCAGGCGGGGAAACAAAAGGCAAUAGCAGAGGAGACUUCUGAGGGAGAGUCUUCGCAUGAUGAAGAUCCCGCUGAGGCCACUGCUGUCUUUGCUUGCAAACGCGAUCGAGCUCAAUUCGUCGAAGAGAGUUUUGAAGAUGACGAACCUCUGGGAAUGCGAUUGGUCCGUCAAAGGACCACUAAUCCCUCUCGCCUGAGCGAGGCUGGACCCUCAGCCACUGCAGAAAAGCCAACUCUCUCGCUAGUUCAAGCAUCAACUAACCCCGUGGCGCCUCUUCCGUCUCCCACAUCUACAGAGCAUCUGCAAGGUCCUACCAUUCUAAUAACGAUCUCCGAUGACGACUCCUCGGAGCAUGAAAGUGUGGAAAGCCACUCUGAGGAUUCUGCCGCUUAUGAGGAACUGAUGACGACAGAGAUUCUCGCGGCACUAAAGGUCCAAGAGGUGAAUGAAGUGAGGCCUCUUCCUCUUGGUGACCACGUACCAGAUAUUGACCCGACAACUCGAGAGGUAAGCCACUGUCCAUCAGAGGACCACUGGUCCCUCUUGCCUAAGCGAGGCUGGAUCCUCGGUUGCCGCAGGGUAAAUGGCCUCUUGGCAAAUUCAGGCGCCUCCGCCCCCUGCAAUACCGGUGCCCGUUGUGGUGAUACCGGUUUCCGAUGA